GAGCUCGGCGGGACUUCCCUGAAACUUCGCGUGGGAGCUCGCGCGGCGCCUGCUCCGGGCGGCCGCAAACUUUUCGCGGCGGCGGCGGCGGCGCCCGCCUCUCCCUUUCCGUCCCCCUCUCGAUCGUUCGGCUCCUAAAGUUUCCGAUGAGCGCCCCUCCGCUGCUCCGGCCGCCCAGCCCGCCGCCGCCGGGAGCUGCUGUCAGCGGCGGCGUCGCCUUCCACCUCCAGAUCGGGCUGAGCCGGGAGCCGGUGCUGCUGCUGCAGGACUCCUCGGGGGACUUCAGCCUCGCCCACGUCCGGGAAAUGGCUUGCUCCAUCGUCGACCAGAAGUUUCCUGAAUGCGGUUUCUAUGGAAUGUACGACAAAAUUCUGCUCUUCCGUCAUGACCCUUCCUCUGAAAACAUUCUCCAGUUGGUGAAAUCAGCUGCAGAUAUUCAAGAAGGAGACCUAGUUGAAGUUGUCUUAUCAGCUUCUGCUACAUUUGAAGACUUUCAGAUCCGGCCCCAUGCUCUGUUUGUUCAUUCGUAUCGAGCGCCAGCCUUCUGUGACCAUUGUGGAGAAAUGCUGUGGGGGCUGGUGCGGCAGGGACUCAAAUGUGAAGGUUGUGGUCUAAAUUACCAUAAGAGAUGUGCAUUUAAAAUCCCCAACAACUGCAGUGGCGUACGGAAAAGGCGUCUAUCAAAUGUUUCACUAACAGGAGUCAGCACCAUUCGGACAGUUUCUGCAGAACCCUCGCCCAGCGUGCCAGAUGAAGCCCUUCUGUCUCCUGUUAGCCCUGGCUAUGAGCAAAAGACGCCGUCAGAAUCAUUCACUGGGCGAGAGAAGAGAUCAAAUUCACAGUCCUACAUUGGACGGCCUAUUCAGCUAGACAAGAUCUUACUGUCCAAGGUUAAAGUGCCUCACACUUUCGUCAUCCACUCUUACACACGGCCAACAGUUUGCCAGUACUGCAAGAAGCUUCUCAAAGGGCUUUUUAGACAGGGUUUGCAAUGCAAAGACUGUAGGUUCAACUGUCACAAACGCUGUGCUCCUAAAGUGCCAAAUAACUGCCUGGGGGAGGUUGCAAUUAAUGGAGAUCUCCUUAGUCCUGGGGCUGAGUCUGAUGUGGUCAUGGAAGAAGGGAGUGAUGACAAUGACAGUGAAAGAAACAGUGGUUUUAUAGAUGACAUGGAAGAAUCUAUAUCUCAUGAUUCUGAGAUGUCAAUGACAGGAUGCCAUAGUGACAAUGGGGAAAUGCAGGAUGCUGAUCCUGCUGAUCCAGACCAUGACGAGUCUAACAGGAUGAUCAGCCCUUCAACCAGCAACAAUAUUCCAUUAAUGAGAGUGGUACAAUCUGUGAAGCACACAAAAAGGAGAAGUAGCACAGUAAUGAAGGAGGGUUGGAUGGUUCACUAUACAAGCAAGGACACGCUGAGGAAACGACACUACUGGAGACUGGACAGCAAAUGCAUUACACUCUUUCAGAAUGAUACUGGAAGCAAAUACUACAAAGAAAUCCCACUGUCUGAAAUUUUGUCUCUGGAACCUGCAAAAACUUUCACUUUACUGCCUCAAGGAGCUAAUCCUCAUUGUUUUGAAAUAAGCACAGCAAAUAUAGUCUAUUAUGUUGGAGAAAACAUAGAAAACCUCUCAAGUGUUCCACUGAAUAACACUGUUAUCACCAGUGGUAUCGGCAUUGAUGUGGCACGAAUGUGGGAGAUGGCCAUACAGCACGCCCUGAUGCCAGUCAUCCCUAAAGGGACAUCCACUGGGUCAGGACCCAACCUGCACAGGGAUAUAUCUAUCAGUAUUUCUGUGUCAAACUGCCAAGUUCAAGAAAAUGUGGAUAUUAGCACUGUAUACCAAAUCUUCCCAGAUGAGGUGUUAGGAUCAGGACAAUUUGGAAUUGUUUAUGGAGGAAAACAUCGCAAGACAGGAAGAGAUGUUGCCAUUAAAAUAAUUGACAAACUAAGGUUUCCAACUAAACAGGAAAGUCAGCUUCGUAAUGAAGUUGCAAUUUUGCAGAAUCUUCAUCAUCCUGGAGUUGUAAAUCUGGAGUGUAUGUUUGAGACGCCAGAAAGAGUGUUUGUUGUUAUGGAAAAACUCCAUGGAGACAUGCUGGAGAUGAUCUUAUCAAGUGAAAAGGGCAGAUUGCCAGAGAGAAUAACAAAAUUUUUAAUUACUCAGAUCCUUGUUGCUUUGAGACAUCUUCAUUUCAAAAAUAUUGUUCAUUGUGACCUCAAACCAGAAAAUGUGUUAUUGGCAUCGGCUGAUCCUUUCCCACAGGUAAAACUUUGUGAUUUUGGCUUUGCCCGAAUCAUUGGAGAGAAAUCAUUUAGGCGCUCAGUUGUAGGAACACCAGCCUACCUUGCUCCAGAAGUUCUGAGAAACAAGGGCUACAAUAGGUCUCUGGAUAUGUGGUCUGUGGGUGUCAUCAUUUAUGUAAGCCUCAGUGGUACCUUUCCAUUCAAUGAAGAUGAAGACAUACAUGACCAAAUCCAGAAUGCCGCUUUCAUGUAUCCACCUAAUCCAUGGAAAGAAAUUUCUUAUGAAGCUAUUGAUCUUAUAAAUAAUUUGUUGCAAGUGAAAAUGAGAAAGCGCUACAGUGUGGACAAAACGCUAAGCCACCCAUGGUUACAGGACUAUCAGACCUGGCUAGAUUUAAGAGAACUGGAAUGUAAAAUCGGGGAACGUUACAUUACCCAUGAAAGUGAUGACUCCCGAUGGGAACAGUAUUCAGGCGAACAUGGGUUGCAAUAUCCAGCACACCUUAUCAGUCCAAGUGCUGCCCAUAAUGAAAACACCAAGCUAGAAGAAACAGAAAUGAAAGCCCUCAGUGAGCGUGUCAGCAUCCUUUAAGUUGCAUCCCCUAUAAUCUGUCAAAACACUGUGGAAUUAAUAAAUACAUACGGUCAGGUUUAACGUUUGCCUUGCAGAACUGCCAUUAUUUUCUGUCAGAUGGGAACAAAGCUGUUAUGCUGUUACACUGUUGAUGUAUCUGAGUUGCCAAGACAAAUCAACAGAAACAUUUUUGUGUGACCAACUGUGUUGUAUUUACAAAAGUUCCCAGAAACAUGGAACUUGUUAUUGUGAAUGAUUCAUGUUGUAUUUAAUGUAUUAAAACCUGUCUCCACGGUGCCUUUGCAAACUAGCGUUUUUCUUACUUGAGCCUUGUUUUGGUAAGAGAGAACUUUCCCAUGAAGAUCUUGCCCGGGGUUGGGGGGGGACUGUGCAACAUUAGUAUUGUAAUUGUAAGCAAACUCUUGAAGAGUAGAUUAUAACUGCUGUUCUGUGAACAACUUCUACCAUUUGGGUAAAUGCUUUAUUUAGUGUUGAAAAUACAGAAAAAGCAAAAAAAUAACAAAUUACAUAGCACUGUAUAGUUUCCGAUCAGAUAACCUGUAUGUAUGUGUUUCUGUAUAUAGAUACAUACUCACACUAUAACUUGCUAUUAAGUCUAAAUGCCUUAGUCAUGUAAACUGUAGCAUAUGUUGGUUGUAUUUCCCCUUUUCUUAAAAUAUUAUUAUCUUAAUAUGAAUAUUCUCUAAUAUGUACAUUCAGAAGCUAAAUAACUCGUUGACUUUGUGUAUGUUUUCAAUAAAAGACUUGUU